GCCCCCGCGAGGAACGAACUGCAUGUCCACGAACGUUUACCACCUAUCAUCAACAUAAGCCAGCCAAUGAAAUAUUAGCGACGCACAAAAGCAAUUGUCCCUUUAAUAAAACAGUGCUGUCAUCUCUUAACUUCAUGGGUUUUCGAAUUUUUUGUAUUAUUUGAAAGCGGAUAAAUGUCUGAAGAGGCUUCUAAAAGGGCAGAAGAGGAGGCUGACACACCAGAUCUCGGGGGUCAGUCUGACGACAGCAGUGAUGAGGGCGACGCUUCGGGAGACACUGAGAUGGAUUUCUUACGCAGUCUCUUCUCACGAACUCUUGGCCUGAGUCCUGGAGAGAAAGUCUUGGAUGAGCUGACCCUGGAUGGGGUCGCCCGCUACAUCCUGAGUGGCAAAUGCAAGAACAUUAUCUGUAUGGUUGGAGCUGGAAUAUCUACAUCUGCUGGAAUCCCAGAUUUCCGCUCUCCUGGCACUGGUCUAUAUGCCAACUUGCAGAAGUACAACCUGCCUUACCCAGAGGCCAUCUUUCAGAUUGACUAUUUCAAGAUACAUCCGGAGCCCUUUUUUGCUCUUGCCAGAGAGCUCUACCCAGGACAGUUUAAGCCCACAGUAUGCCACUAUUUCAUGAGGAUGCUGAAGGACAAAGGUCUACUGACUCGCUCUUUCUCUCAGAACAUCGAUACUUUAGAGAGAGUUGCAGGUCUGGAAGGAGAGGACCUGAUUGAAGCUCAUGGUACAUUUCACACCUCUCACUGUGUGAGCUUCCUCUGUCGUAAGGAGUACUCCAUGGACUGGAUGAAAAAUAAAAUUUUCUCUGAAGAUAUUCCUAAGUGUGAUUCCUGUGGGAGCCUGGUGAAACCUGAUAUUGUGUUUUUUGGGGAGAAUCUGCCUGACCGAUUCUUCACUUCCAUGAAAAUGGACUUUCCUCGAUGUGACCUUCUCAUCAUAAUGGGCACAUCCCUGCAGGUUCAACCUUUUGCAUCACUAGUCAGUAGAGUGUCAAACAGCUGUCCUAGACUGCUCAUCAAUAUGGAGAAAACCGGACAGUCAGAAUUUGGCAUGGGAUUAAUCGGUUUUGGAGGAGGAAUGGAUUUUGACUCAGACAAAGCCUACAGAGAUGUGGCUCACCUGAGCACCUGUGAUGACGGCUGCAUGGCUCUUGCCGAACUGCUGGGCUGGAAAGAAGAGCUGGAACAGAUGGUGAAGCGUGAACAUGCUUUAAUUGACAGCAGAGAUGUCAAAAAGAAAGACGAAGCCAAUCAGAACUCCAAAAGCACUGGGGCGGAGGCUGGAAAGACUGACAAGACAGCAUAACCAAUCAGAGCAUGAAGAGGGUUUACAUGGCAGCCCUAAUAGAUCUACAGAAUUUAACUCCACUUCUCAAAGCCAAGUCUGUCCUUCUUGAGUCUACAGUCGAUCACACCUUUCUGUUUCUCUGAGCUUCUGUGUCUCUCAUCUGCCUAUAAUAGCAAUACAGAUAUUAUAGAAAUAGUACAGAAACCUCACAGAGCUCAGACAGGAACAGUGAGACAGACAUACAGCAAACACUCUCGCAGAAGCAUGGUGUUAUGCAUGGGCCAGGAGACGGCUUUGAUUAAAAACAGUUUGUGAAACACAAUUAUGAAAAUCAAUACUAUAAAAAGCUGAUAAGCAUCACACUUACACUUUAUGCUUUAUCGCAUAAGGUCUUAUUUUAUCCUGCAUAAAACAAAAGAGUUUGAAACCCAAAUUCUCAUUACUGUAA